CCCCCCCCGAGGAUCGGUGUCAGAAUAGAGAGAGGGAAGCUAGGAACUAGAAGAACCAUGAAUAUUACUCCCAUUCUACAGUCACUGCAUUUGGCUUCCUAUCAGUUACCAAGCCCAAUUCAAGGAGCAGGUUAUCUGUGAAGAUCAGUUAUAAGGAGGUGGGCAGCAGCAGGGGAUGGCAACCGGAUGUCCACACAGGAAAAAGGAUUCUGGCCGGGCGAGAGAGAAGUCUCAGCUCCUAACCAGCUUCCUUUGCUUUCUGUCUCAUCUGCCUGGAGAGGGUGACACACUGCUCACGGAACACCUUGUUGGCCUUAGCAACCACGUUUGUUCUGCUGUUCUUGACCUUAACAAAGAAACAGGCGGAAGAACAAGGAGAUCCUUACUGCCUUGCCUCCAGAGAGAGAGAGCUGGGUCAGAGAACGCGGGCGAGAGACCAGUUCCCAGGAGAUGGCCCUGGCAGAAGGCUUCCUCCAGAGCCAGGGACCAUCGGACGGAGUGGAGCAUGCUCUGGCAGUUCCUGAGCAGGAAUUAUUCUUUCAGGAGAUCAAGCAGGAGUGCAAUGGAAGUGCCACCUUUCUGGGCCCUGGAAUGAUGCCUUAUGGAUAUUCUGGGAAUUCCCUUCAGUGCGUUGGAGCAGACGGACCAUCGAUGCAGCCUGAUCAGGGUCUGGUAACCUUCGAGGAGGUGGCUGUGCGCUUCUCAGAGGAGGAGUGGGCUCUGCUGGAUCCGGGCCAAAAGGCUCUUUAUAGAGAAGUCAUGAUGGAGAAUUACGAGAAUCUGACCUCUCUCGGACUUCUGAUUCCCAAGCCUGACUUCACCUCCUGGCUGGAAGCAGAGGAAGUGCCGUUUGUACAAGUCGCCAUGGAAGAAGAGAAAUUGGCAGAGUGGGAAACCAAGAAAGCAGAAGAAGAGCAGGGAAGGAAAACUGAAGCAAAGCAGAAGGGAAGGAAGGAAUCUAGCGUAUCCGAAUGUGUCAAGUUUACUUCAAUACAAAAACAAAAUAAAGGGGAGGAAAGCAUUAAUGUCCUUCACCGGGCAAAAAGCUUAAUUGGCAUUUCACACAAAAUCUCAGAACAGAGACUGCAACAUGAGGAGAAACAAUGGAAGUGGUCAGAAUAUAGGAUGGGCAUCAACAAAAUCCUUAUUUUCCAUGGAAGACUACAGACAGUGAAGAAAUCUCACAGAUGCUCAGAAUGUGGAAAAACUUUCACUUGCUACUCAGGCCUUGCUUCCCAUAAAAGAAUCCACACAGGGGAGAAACCAUAUUCAUGCGCUGAGUGUGAAAAGAGCUUCACUUACAGAUCAGCCCUUGCUUCCCAUCAAAGAAUCCACACAGGAGAGAAACCAUAUACAUGCUGUGAAUGUGGAAAGAGCUUCAAUCACAGCUCAGACCUGGCUUCUCAUCAAAGAAUCCACACAGGGGAGAAACCAUAUACAUGCUCUAACUGUGGAAAGAGCUUCAAUCACAGCUCAGCCCUUGCUUCCCAUCAAAGAAUUCACUCAGGAGAGAAACCAUACACAUGUUCUGUGUGUGAAAGGAGCUUUACUCACAGCUCAACCCUUGCUUCCCAUCAAAGAAUCCACACAGGAGAGAAACCAUAUACAUGUUCUGACUGUGGAAAGAAUUUCAGUCACAGCUCAGGCCUUGCUUCUCAUCAUAGAAUCCACACAGGAGAGAAACCGUAUGCUUGCUCUUUGUGUGAAAAGAGCUUCAGUCACAGCUCAGGCCUUACAUCCCAUCAAAGAAUUCACACAGGAGAGAAACCAUAUUCAUGCUCUAACUGCGGAAAGAGCUUCACACGCAAUUCGGGCCUUGCUUCUCAUCAAAGAAUCCAUACAGGAGAGCAACCAUAUACAUGCUCUGAGUGUGGAAAGAGUUUCAGUCACAGCUCAGGCCUUGCUUCCCAUCAAACAAUCCACACAGGGGAGAAACCAUAUACAUGCUCUCAGUGUGGGAAGAGCUUUACACGCAACUCAGGCCUUGCUUCUCAUCAAAGAAUUCACACAGGAGAGAAACCAUAUGUAUGCUCUGAGUGUGGAAAGAGCUUCAGUCACAGCUCAGGUCUCAUUUUCCAUCAAAGAAUCCAUACUGGGGAGAAACCAUAUACAUGCUCUGACUGCGGAAAGAUCUUCAAUCAUAGCUCAGCGCUUGCUUCCCAUCGAAGAAUCCACACAGGAGAAAAACCAUAUACAUGCUGUGAGUGUGGAAAGAGCUUCAGUCACAGCUCAGGCCUUGUUUCCCAUCAAAGAAUACACACAGGGGAGAAACCAUAUACAUGCUCUGAGUGUGGAAAGAGAUUCAGUCACAGCUCAGCCCUCACUUGCCAUCAAAGAAUCCACACAGGAGAGAAACCAUAUAAAUGCUCAGAAUGUGGAAAAACCUUCACUCACAGCUCAGGCCGUGCUUCUCAUCGAAGAAUCCAUACUGGAGAGAAACCGUAUAUAUGCUCUGACUGUGGGAUGAGUUUCAGAUGCAGUUCAGGCCUUGCUUCUCAUCAAAGAUUCUAUACAGGAAAAAAACCAUAUAAACGCUCAGCAUGUAGACUGAGGCUCAGUCACGACUCAGGUCUUGCUUCCUAUCAAAGAGCACACACGGCUGAAACCAUGCAUAUGCUCUGACUGUGGAAUGAGCUUCAGAUGCAGCUCAGGCCUUGCUUCUCAUCAAAGAUUCCGUACUGGGGAAAAAAACAUACAAAUGCUCAAAUGUGUACUGAGCUUCAGUCAUCGUUCAGGCCUUGCUUACCAUCACAGAACACAUGCAAGCAAAAUCAUAUAAAUGCUCCAAUUGUGGAAAGACUUUAGAUGGCGUUCAUACUACAGUUCACAUCAGGGAACUUAUGUGGCCAAAACUAUACAAGAAAAUCACACAAAGAUCCUUAAUGUCAGCCCAGCAUCUCCUCCUUUUUGAAAAUGAUAGUUUAACACCAUGUUAUAUUUUUCUCAUGUCCACCCUGGUUCCUUUUGAUCAGAUGUGCAUUGCAAAUUCCUUCAUUGGAAUUCAGUUCCCCUGUGAGCAGGGGCCUGAUUGAGACUGCAGCGUACAGGGAAAAGAAGGUUCUGUUAGCAGUCAGGUCCCUCUCAUGCUAAGAUGGCAGUUUAUGGAUCCAGUACCAUAAACCCCUGCCUCAUAUGCCAUUAGCACAAGACACUACCUGGCCCAGGAUGGAUGCCAGCUGGGCAGGAGCAUGGAAAAUUACCAGAAAGGUGGAGUCAGGUGGCUGGCUGGCUGACCACGUUCUGCACUAGCUGAAAAGAAGAACUGAAACUGUUCUGUGAAAUUAAUACUGGCAGUGAGAUAUCUAAAAGUUCUAUAUGGGAGGAUAGUAAAGCCUAUAUUGGGGAAUCUGCAUAAAUCUAAAAACAACUGAACACCACCACAUACAGCUCUUAGCUUAAAACUGUUCAACUCUUCAUUAAUUAGAAUCAUAGAAUCAUAGAGUUGGAAGGGGCCAUACAGACCAUCUAGUCCAACCCCCUGCCCAGUGCAGGAUCAGCCUAAAGCAUCUCUUGCAGCCUGUGCUGGACAAUGAUAAUCUUCUCUCACAAGCACUGGGAGACAAACCCUUUCUUGCCCACAGACAGCCCCCUAACCUUAAUCAACUUCUCACUCACAAUAAUGUAUUUUCUGACACAAACAUGGACCCUGAGCCUGCAAUAAAUCAACAUGCCAACUCUGUUCCCAUAUUCACACCAACAACACAAUUGCUGUAACUAACAACACUGGUUAUACUUUAUUUAUUUAUUUACAUUGUUUAUAGUCAACCUUUCUCACUGCUCCCCAUUGGAGUUUGGAAUCAUUCCUAAGUACAAAAGCCCUGCCACUUAUUUCUCAUCGCUGUCUUUCCCUCGCUUCCACUGAGCUUUUAUGCUCGCAUGUUUUAACGUUUUACCCUCUGAAAUUCUGUCUGGGAGAUUUACAAACACACCCUACCCCAAUAAACUAUGUCCUUGUGGAAGGAUGCAACCCAAAUCCGUAAUUCGUGUUUUAUUGCGACUUUUAUGUCCACGUGCGGGACUCUUUGAUUAGCCCUCUGUUGAUCAAUCGUCAGGGUCAAUCUGACAGAGGAUUAUGGUUGUUGUGGAUUUUCCAGGCUGUAUAGCUGUGGUCUUGACAUUGUAGUUCCUGACUGGCAUCUUCAGACAUGUCGCACCGAAAGACAGCUCUCUCAGUGUCACAGUGUGGGGAAGAUGUUGGCAGGUGAAAUCACAUACUGUGACACUGAGAGAUCUCUGUCUUUUGGUGCUACACCUCUGAAGAUGCCAGUCUCAGCUGCUUGCGAAACGUCAGGAACUACAAUGCCAAGGCCAUGGCUAUACAGCCCGGAAAAUCCACAACCACCAUCGUUCUCCGGCCAUGAAAGCUUUCGACAAUAUAUUGACAGAGGAUUAGUUUCUUACUGUCAGAUCAUUGUCCCCACACUACAUAUACGGUUGCAUCGUAUUUCUCAAUUGCUAUGUGGAUUAGGGAGUAUAUGGUUAAUUCCUCUGUCAACUGAUUUUGCUGUAUUUUGGUUUCUGCCCUGCUUGAUGUAAAUUGUUUUUUACUGAAUGCCAAUAAAAGGUUGCUGAUGCUGAUGCACUGAGAGACUGUUGGUUAAAAGUUUUAUACAAUCAGAGUUAAGAAAAGAAGAAAUAAGAAAAGAAGUGAUGGAUUUUGAAAAAUUAGUAAUAGCUGGAAAAAAUAAUUUUUCCUAAGAUAUAUCAUCUUUUGUUAGAUUUAGGCAGCAAUCAGUAGGAAAUAUUGUAAAGCUACGGAACAGGGACUGAAUUUGUUAUGGAACUUGAGUUCUGAAUAUCAGCAUUGAAAAGUGGCUUGCACUUUUCAGUAAGUCUUAUGGCUGAAGAGAAUAUGAUUAAAAUGUUUUGCCAGUAGCAUUUACCCCCUCAUAAAUUAGCUUAAAAUUAAUCAAAAGGAUAACGGUGAUUGUUGGAUAUGUGGAGCUUUAUACAUAUGUGGUGGAAAUUCAGUAGAGCCAAAGAAGAUUGGAAAAUGAUUUCUAGAACUACAUCUCAAGGAAUAAACAAAGAGUUACUCUUUUUUCUUAAAUGUUUCUUGUUUAACCGUGUAGACUUCCUUCCCGAAGACACUCAAAAAAUUGUUCUAAAUGCCAUAACAUUGGCAAAAUUAGUCUUUGCUAGAUAUUGGAAAAGGAACAUAAUCCCAAAUAAAGAAGAGUGAUUAGAGAAACUAAAGGAAUGUGUACAGUUGAAUAAACUAACCUGUGUGUUGCAUAAAUGUUGCAUGGCAGAAAGUUAGAUAAGUUUAAUAAACUUGAUGUCAUUUUGACUAGGAUGGAGAAUUGAAUUUAACAACACCUAUAUGAUUUGUUUAUAGAAUUGUAGUUGAGUUGUAAAUCUAUGUAUCAACAUUUCUUUUUACUGAAUAAUAUUUUAAAAUAAAAAAAGUU